GGGCACGCCGAGAGCCGGGCCCCCGCCGCGCCGCGCCGCGCCUCGCCUCGCCGCCGGCCGCGCUGACCCCGCGCAUCUCCGCCGCGGGCAGGGGGUCACCGGGAGGCCGGGGCGUGGAGAGCCCGGCCCCGCUUAAAUAGCUCCGCACCCGCCUCCCCAGCCGCACAGCUCGCCGGGCGAGGGGGCCGACAGGAGGCAGAGUCCCGCAGCCGCCGGGGACAGCCGCGCACCGCCGCCGAGGAGCCGAGCCCUGCCCCAUGCCUGCGCACUUGCUGCAGGAGGAGGAGUUCUCCUCCGCUUCCAGCACCACCACUGUUGGCACUGUCACCUCCCGGGUGACCAAGAAUGGGGAUGCCGUCAUGGAGAAGGACUUACUCAGUCAUGAGGACUUGGCAGCAGCCCGGGGCAUGGUAGACGAUAUCUUCGAUGAGACCUACCGUGAGAAGGAGGGCCCCAAGCCUCCCAUGCGAUACGUCUGGAGGAAUAUCAUCCUCAUGAGCCUGCUGCACCUAGGGGCCAUAUUCGGGUUGACACUGAUACCUUCUGCAAAGAUCCAGACCUUGGCAUGGGCCGUUCUGUGUUUCGUGGUGAGCGCUCUGGGGAUAACGGCUGGAUCUCACCGCCUCUGGAGCCAUCGGUCCUACAAAGCCACGCUGCCCCUGCGGAUCUUCUUGACUAUUGCAAACUCCGUGGCCUUCCAGAAUGACAUCUAUGAGUGGGUCCGGGACCACCGUGUCCACCACAAGUUCUCUGAGACAGACGCAGACCCCCACAACGCUAUGCGGGGCUUUUUCUUCUCCCACAUCGGCUGGCUGCUGGUGCGCAAGCACCCAGAUGUUAUAGAGAAGGGACAGAAGCUGGACCUGAGCGACAUAAAGGCCGACAAAGUGGUGAUGUUCCAGCGGAAAUACUACAAGCCCUCGGUGGUGUUGCUGUGCUUCACCCUGCCCACUGUAGUGCCCUGGUACUUCUGGGAUGAAUCCAUCGUCAUCAGCUUCUUCAUUCCAGCCAUCCUGCGCUACACCAUAGGGCUCAAUGCCACUUGGCUAGUGAACAGUGCUGCUCACAUGUUUGGCAACCGGCCGUACGAUCAGAACAUCAACCCACGGGAGAACCCCCUGGUCAGCCUGGGGGCCCUAGGAGAAGGCUUCCACAACUACCACCACACCUUCCCCUAUGACUACUCUACCAGUGAGUUUGGCUGGCGUUUCAACUUAACCACAGCCUUCAUCGACCUCAUGUGCCUCCUGGGGCUGGCCAGCGAUCGCAAGAAGGUCUCCAAGGAGGUCAUCCUGGCUCGGAAAAUGCGGACUGGAGAUGGGAGUCACAAGAGCGGCUGAGUUCCUACUCCCCUUCUCACACACAUCCACACCUCUCCUUCCUCCUUUUUUCUCCCUUUCUCCCUUCCUGACCCCUCCGAACACGCUGGACAAAGGUUUAAUGUUCUGUUUACUAACUACUGAAUAAUGCUACCAGUUUGCUUAAGAUAAUGAGUUUUAACCCCCUUCCACACUGUAUUUUACAUGAUGUAUUUAAGAUCUGGAGCUCUGCCUUUGUAACGCAAGGCCACCCCUUUCCCUCCUCCCCUUUUCGUUCUCCUCUCUAACCCCUCUGCCCUGUCUUCUGCUUUACUUUGUCCCUGCCUCCCCCGGUGGAGGAGCCGGUAGGAAGCAGCCCGGCCAUUGCAGCUGGCUGUACCACGGAGCUGAGGGAUGCCAGUACCAGCCAGCUGAACAGUUGAGCCAAAGUCAGUGACCCUCUCCCCAGAACUCCCCCCCCUCCUUCCUCUGUCCCUCCUCCUUUCUCAUGGGUUGCUGACGCUUGGCACGGCCAAACCGCUCCCUGAGAUGAGCAGCCCCAUCCCCUUCCCUUGCCAUCGGGUGUAGAGUGCGGGGAGUUUGCCUUACCCUCCCUGCCUCUCAGCCUCUCUGGCUGGAGGGAGGAGAGCCCCAAGAGUCUCUGAGAGCUCCAGGCAGGUCUGCCGGUGGCCGUGGGCACCACCAGGGGAGCCUCAGCGGCCUUACGGCCUCCUCCCUCUGGCGUGUCCCACAGGGCUGGAGGCAGAGCCUGGCUCGGGACCGCACAGCCCCUUUGGAGAGCCGCAGAGCGGAGGGGACAGAGGGUUGUGCCACCAGCCUUGGGUGGCUUUGUUGGGUGCUGCCGAGACUGUGCCAGCAAAUGGGACUGUGCCAAAAUGGAGAGGGGGAGAAGGAUGUAAACCAAAGCUCCACCAAGGUGUUAAGCUGCUUUAUGUGCUGGAGGAACAGGGUCCCCACAGGGUGGCAGGUAGACGUCCCGGUGUCCGUGCAUGUCCCGUGGGUAUGCCUGUGCUGCGUGCAGGGACGCAGGGGACAGGGACAGCGUGGCGAGGGAGUGCCUGCGGGCUCAGGAAGGGGUGAGGACAUCUUAGAGGACCGAUGGAGUAGGUGUCUCUGUCCACGUGGGCUCUGCUCGGUCGAUUAACAAGUGCCUGACAAACACCGAGACGGAGCCAGGCGGCGAGGAACCAAGGUGGCUUGCAGCCCUCAGCCCCUUGAGGGAUGGGGGUGCGCUCCCAAGAGAGCAUGGGAAGAGAAAGCAGCUCCUCCUCAGUCCCUCAGUUCGCCUCCCAGACCCUCGCGACCGCCACCUCACUCCUCAGCCUGGAGAGCACGCCGCUCGUCCGCCGCGUGGGCAGCGCGGGCGGCUGAGGCAGCUUAAAGGUCGGUUAUAUCACCAGGGCCCCGAGACAGUGUGGGCAAGCAGCUGAAGGGUGUGUUGGGAAAAAGAAGUCCUCGUGGGUGUUGUUUCCUGCAAAUUGCAGAGACCGCAGCUGGAGUUCAGGCGGUUGGGCUUUUGGUGCAGUGGCCCCGAGCCCCUCACCAGGCUGAAUGUGCUUUUUAUUUCCCUUUUAACUCCCCAUAUCAUUAUCCACUUUUAUUUUUUGCUAUUAGUUGUAGCAAUAGUAUCUGUUGUGUUGCUUAAACGCAUCAAUGGAGCUGGAGGAAAGCACGAGAGGUGACCAGGAAGGGGUGAUGCUGGAGUGGGGUUUGUGGCGUCUCCCUUAGUUUGGGGGCAGGCAAGGCAGAGGGGGCACACAUGCCCAGUUCCUUGCCCUGCUCUGCCACGUAGCAGCCAGGCAAGCCUCGCUGGAGCAAGCCUCUGCAGCUUUGCUUUCUCCUGCUGCUGUGAUACACACCAGGAACCAGGACAGCUCUGUGAUGCUCUCCUUAACUCUCCUUAGCUUGAUACUCAGAAAAGCAGUCCUCCUCUCCUUUCACCUCCCUGCCACAGCCUUGUUACUGCUCAUCACCAUGGCCCUUCAGGGCUCUGAGCCACCGGGAGAGAUGUGGUCUCCGGCUGAGAGAUGUGAUGGGAGGAUGGAGCAGGGAGCCCUUUGGCUCCUAGUGUCCUAAAGGCAGGCGGCAGCUGGCUGGAGGCAGCAUCCUGAUGGCCCCCCUUGCUCUGCAAAGGGGCUGUGGCUAUAACUGUAUCCUACCAUUAAAAAAAAAAAAAAAAAAAAAAAAAAACUUAAAAAAGGAGAAACAGUUAGCUCUGAAACUAUGGGCUGACUUCACUUCCAUCUAAACCCCUGUGAGGUCCUGGAAGUCUCCAGAGAGGAUGAGUUUGCUCCAGCCAGUAAUUUGAAAGGGGUUUGGGGAGGGGAGAAGGUGAGGAGAACAAUUUCCUUGCUCCUGGUGCCCUUAGCGUGUUGUGUGAUAUACCCUACAGUAGAGAAGCGUGCCGUGACAUGCUGCAAUAUCUCACAUCCUCUCAGCAGAGAAGCAAGGUUUGACAUCAAAGGUUCCUUUCAGAUUUCAAGUGCUGAUUUGGGUCCAGAAUCUGGAAUUAUGGUGGAAGCUGAGGAGCAGUAACCAAACAGUCCUGGUGUUUGCCCAGUCACUUUAAAGGUAGAUUGGCAAAUAUCUCUGGGUGCCUUAAAUCUUUCUUUAAUAUACAUAGGAGUAUUGACAGCUAUUUGCCGUUUUUUUUUUUUGUUGUUUUUUUUUUCUGAAUUAUGAACAUUCGAGGGGUUUCUUAAUUAUUUAAUUGCCUACAUUGAACUGUGGGUGCAGGUGAUUUUGAAUGUAUGAGUUAGAAAUUUUUGUUAGAUUAAGAAACAGAUACAACAACACUUUAAGUAGAACUUUGUUUGAUAUAUAUAUAUAUCUAUAUAUACACCUAUAAAUAUAUAUAUAUAUAUUUUUGGUGGCAUGUUUGUAACCUGGACGCAUUGUCUGUAUGUUUAGCGUAAAUGAGUCUGUGAGAGGUGGUAGUGGAUGAGGCAGCAGCGGGACCUCAUGACUAGAGCUUCUAGUUCUCCUGGGCUCUGCUCCCAGGUAAGCUACUUGCUCACUGCGUGCUUUUGGACAAAGUCACUUAAAAAAAAAAACAAAAAAACCUCUCUGUGCCUCAGUUUCCCUGUCUGAAACACGGGGCUACACCCUGCCUCUCCAGGGCGCGGGGAGCAGGAGGAGGCAGGCGUACCACACGCACACCGAUGCCGGCGGAAGCAUUUGUUUUCCAAGACCGUUCCCAGUCCUGAUGGUAUCAUGAAGAGCAGCUGUCCAAGCGUUGGGUGUUUGGGGAAGGACUGGAAAGCUGAAUCUGCACAUUGUCUAAGCUCUGUCACUGUUGAAAUGAGAGUAGGAUACGAUUUUUCACAGCUUAGGGAUUUCUGCAUAGUAGUAUCUCUGUUUUGUGUACUGGAAAAGAAAAAAAAAAAACCUUUUUGAAAUAAUUUCUACUAAUAUGGAAACAGACAUCUGGUUGUGCUGAUCUGAAAUUUUAUUUGUUCAUAAUAAAAAUGUUACUUUAAGG